AUGUCCACUCCGGGAGAGCGCAACAUUCUCCCAAAACUCAUGGGACUAGAAUCUUGCAACCCGCCUAUGGAGAGAGAAAUCCCAGAAAUCAACUGGGAUCUCUUCGCUACGCUAGCCGGCUUCUGGGAAGAUACUGUCGUGGACAACAUCGACGUCGAGUAUGAACGGCUCGGUGAACAUCUUCUCGACUGUACGAGAAAAGCGAAGAGUUUCAAAACCACCAAGAGACGCUUGUCUCUUGGUGGUUUUGAAACUCUAGAGCUCCAUCUAAGGAAGAUGGACAUGUCAUUCCAAAGGUUCCGAUGGAAAGCCAGCAAGACCGUGAUGUUCUAUGAGAAGGGAGACGCACAAGACAUCGGCAACUAUCGUCCAAUCUGCUUACUAUCUGUCAUCUACAAGCUCUUCAUAAGUGUAAUCCCGAACAGGAAAGAAAGAACAUUAGAUGAAGAAAAGCCAUGCGAGCAAGCACGAUUUUGGAAAGGAUUCAACCGAAGCGGUCAUGGAGGACUUGGACAACCAAGAGUCCCUACUCCAUAUAUAAAGAUACUUCAUGAGCUGUAUAGCGACUUAUGCGAGGAUGAAUGGCAUGACAUGGGAGUGAAUGUUGAUGUAUGUAAUGUAAUGUACUUACACUAUCUUCUUCUCGCUGAUGACAUCGUUCUUAUAACAUCAAGCAUCAAUCACGAGGAACGGAUGCUGGCUGGAUUUGAUGAAACGUGUAAAACGAUCGGUCUUCAGCUGACCCAAGACGAUGUUUUUGAAGAACAGAUAGGUCGAGAAAUCAACGUGGUAAACAACCUGACCUCCGAACUGGGCAGAAGAAAACGAGCGGCUUGGGGAGCAUUCAAGAGCAUCGAGUAUGUAGUGAAUAGGACAAAGAACAUCCGGCUCCGUGCUGCUCACCUAUUCAACACCAUGGUUCUUCGUGGUUUGACCAACGCUUCAGAAACGUGGGCAUUUCGCAAGCGGGAGGAAAAUGCGAUCAGUGUCAUAGAACACAUGGAAUUGAAAGGGUGA